AUGAUAUUGGCUGGAAACAUGGCAAAAAAGUUGAAGGAACUACAAACUGGGUGUUGUGCAAUUAUUGUCCAAAUGUUGCCAAAGGUGGGAUUACAAGACAUUAACAUCACCUUGCUGAAACAAGAUAAAGUUGAAAGGAAUCACAUUCCUCACUUUGAUGAUGAUGUGGUGGAUAUAAAUGAUGAAGAUGAAGAAGAAGUUGGUGAGGUUCCUUUCUCGUUAGGCAAGAGGGCUAAAUUGUCUUCCAAGUCAACCCUACACAACAAGAAAGUAAAAGGCGCUUUGGAUACUCAUUUCAGGCCAUCCAAUGAAACAGGGAAGAAGAAGGGGUACUUGGUGGGAACCCCCGAACAUAACCAACUUCACAAAAAACUAAGACGUGACGCGGUUCAGAAGUUCGCCCGUUGGAUGUAUGAUGCAGGUCUUGCAUUCAACGCGGUGAAGUAUGAUAGUUUAGGGCCCGCACUUGAAGCCAUUGCUAUACAUGGUCCCGGUAUGAAACGCCCUAGCUACCAUGAGGUACGUGUUCCCCUGUUGAAGCUAGAGAAGGAGCACACAAAGAAACUUUUGAUACUUAAUGAGACCGAGAAGAAGGCAAUCGGGUGUUCUUUGAUGGCUGAUGGUUGGAGGGACCGGAAAGGAAGAGCACUUAUCAACUUCUUAGUGAAUACUCCACGAGGAAGUAUGUUUCUAGAAUCUGUAGAUGCAUCUUCUUAUUCUCAUACAGCAUUGGCUGAUUAUGAGAGAAUUGAAGCAAAAUAUCCACACAUCUAUUGGACUCCGUGUGCUGCGCAUUGCAUUGACCUCAUGCUUGAAGACAUCUUCACAGUGACUCAUCUUAAGAAGACACUAGAUAAAGCAAUUGCGGUUAACACUUACAUUUACAACCGUACAUUGCUAUUGAAUAUGUUGAGAGACUUUACGGGUCAAAGAGAUAUGAUUAGGCCCGCAAAGACCCGGUUUGCAACCGCCCUCUUAACUCUGAAUUGCUUUAGGAGUCAUAAGACAAGUUUGAAGAAGUUGUUCACGUCUGAAGCUUGGAACAAAAGCAGGUUCAAAGGGGAGGAGGGAGGAACUCAAUGUGUCACAACUAUUUUUUCAUCUAGUUUUUGGAUUAACAUUGACAUUGCUGUCAAAGUUGGUGAACCAUUACUAGCGGUGCUUCGAUUGGUAGAUAGUGAAAGAAAGCCGGCUAUGGGGUACAUUUAUGAAGCAAUGGAUAGGGCAAAGGAGCAGAUUGCAUACUCAUUCAACAACAAAUUUAACAAAUACAAACCUUUCUUCAAAAUCAUUGAUGAUAGGUGGAAUUGUCAACUUCACCAAGAUUUGCAUGCGGCUGGUCACUAUCUGAAUCCAAGUAUUUUUUACAACAACCCAGGAGUGAAAGAAGAUAGUGAGCAUAUGACUGUUAAAUUAAGAACAACACUUGCACCAGCGAAAUGGUGGAUGCAAUAUGGAUCAUCAGCACCAACACUUAAGAAGUUUGCUGUGAAGGUGUUGAGUCUUACUUGUAGUUCAUCAGGGUGUGAGCGUAAUUGGACUGUUUUUGAACAUAUCCAUUCGAAAAAAAGAAACCGUCUUGAAAGACAAAAACUAAAUGAUUUAGUUUACAUCAAAUAUAAUAGAGCAUUAAGGAGGAGGUAUGAUAUGCGGGAUAUGAUCGACCCGAUCAUCUUGGAAGACUCUCACAUACAUGACCCGUUCGAAUGGUUGGCGAGUGAUGAUGAUGGUCUUGUGUUUGAGGGUGAUGACUUGAGAUGUGAUGUUGUGGCAGAGGCUAUGGGGGUGGAUGAGCCGGUUCAUCUAACUAGAAGAACAACACUAGGUGGGAGGCAAGGGGGGAUGCAGGGGGCUGUUGGGGUUGCUGGGUCGAGCUCACAAGGUAGAGCUAGAGCUAGACAACCCCAUUUCGUAGAUGAACCUGAAGAGGAAAAUGAUGUUGGGGUUUAUAAGGAGUUUGUUGAAAUAGAGGGGGAAGAUGAACUCGUAUUUGAGGAGGAUGAGGAUAACGAUUAG